CCUAGCCUUCAGAGACACCUUUGACCGGUGAUGUCAUUGGGUCUGUCCCAGCGCAGACCCGGCCCGAAGGUGGGUCUGGAUCCCCGGAGGCUGCCAUGUUCUCCCUACCCUCCUUCUCCUCCUGGCUCCCCAGCCUCCCUUCCUUUGAAUGGGGAUCUAGUCUCUUCGACAGCCUCCUGCAAGGCCUGAUCGGGGCCCUUGGAGUCUCUGUUCUCAACAGUCUUCUGAAAGUUUAUUUCUUUGUGGCCUGUGUCAAUGACCCCCAGCGGCAGCCCCAAAAGCAACAGCUGCGAGCCCAGUGGGUUUCGCUGGAGACGGUGCACCUGGCUGGUCUGGCCCUGUUCCUGACCGUGGUGGGCACGAGGGUAGCCGCCCUGGUGGUGCUGGAGUUCUCCCUCCGGGCUGUGUCCACAGUGCUGUCCCUGGGCAAGGUCUCGGGAGACAAGGAGCGACUCCAACUCUUCCUGGUGUGUCAAUUCUCGCUGGGCUGUGGCCUGAGCUGUGGCCUGAGCUUCCUGCAGGAAGGCGCCCCACAUCGCUCCCUGAACCUGCUGCUGAGCCUGGGGCUGGCCGCGCUGCUUGCCUUGGUUGCCCGGCGCAUCCGCCGACACAUCUGCAGCCUCUAUGAGUUGCACAGCAGCCAGCGCUACUGUGGGGUCUGCUUGGGCCUGCUGGCCAGCCAGCAUGGCCUGCCCAGGCUCCUGGGCCGCACUCUGGCAGUGGCCUUUGCUGUGAGUGACCUGGCAGCUGUGGCCCUCAUCAACCAGGAUUUCCUGAACACCUCAGAGGCCGUGCGCUUCUGGACGCCCCUCACUAUCUGCUACACGCUGCUGGUCAUCUACAUGCAGGAGGAGCAGCGGCAACACCACUUCAGCCUACAGAGCCAGGUCCAGACGGUGCUGGUGCGCAUGGGUGGCCUCUUCAUCCUGUUGAUGACGGUGGGCCGCUGGGUGGACCUCCUAGGUAUCUUUGUCUCCCUCCUGGGUGAGCUCUGGUGCCUGGUAGGUACUCGCGCCCUAAUCGACCUCUGCCAGAUACAGGGAUUUCCAUCCCAGAGGCCUACAGUAACAGCAGCAGUAACACCAGGAAAGGUAUCAACACUGACAGGUCCAUGUGAGACCCGGCCUUCCACGCCAGCCCCGUCCAGAAGUGCCGUCGUCUCCUGACCUGCCCCCACGGAGGACUUGAAGUCAGUCUCAGGCCUACGCAGGCUGACCAGCAAGGCCUUGACCACAAGAUGUGGCCUGGACACUGAGGGGCAGACCUGGUCCCCACCUAAAGUUCGGGGCAGCCCA